AUGCAUGAGAGUGAAAUAUUCAAAUUUAUAAAGCACACAAUAAUGUCGUCUUUCACAGUACAAUCAUUAGCAAUUGUAUCAUGUUUUGUAGUAGUAGCUGUACUCGCCGGUGGAGAAGACUCAUCGGAGACGGCAAUGUUCCCGGCGAUGUUUGUGUUCGGAGACUCGUUGGUGGACAACGGAAACAAUAACCACUUGAACUCAUUGGCUAGGUCCAACUAUCUCCCUUACGGCAUUGAUUACGCCGGAAAUCAACCUACCGGUCGCUUCUCUAACGGCAAAACUAUCGUAGAUUUCAUCGGAGAGUUGCUAGGGCUGCCGGAGAUACCGGCGUUUAUGGACACGGUUGACGGAGGAGUUGAUAUUCGCCGGGGAGUGAACUAUGCUUCGGCUGCCGGAGGAAUCUUAGAAGAAACCGGUCGCCAUCUGGGAGAGAGAUUCAGCAUGGGAAGACAAGUGGAGAACUUCGAGAAGACAUUAGUGGAGAUAACAGAGAUGAGUAGACCAGAGUCAGUAAAGGAGUUUAUGGCAAAGUCAUUGGUGGUGGUCUCAUUGGGGAACAAUGACUACAUUAACAAUUAUCUGAAACCAUCGCUUUUCCUUGCAAGCUCCAUUUACGACCCUACUUCUUUCGCCGAUCUCCUUAUCUCCAACUUCACCACUCAUCUCCUUGAGUUGUAUGGAAAGGGGUUUAGGAAAUUUGUAAUAGCCGGUGUAGGUCCAUUGGGUUGUAUACCGGACCAACUAGCAGCCCGAGCGGCUCCACCAGGUGAAUGCGUGGAGGCGGUUAACGAGAUGGCUCAGCUUUUCAACAGCCGCCUCGUGUCUCUGGUGGAUCGUCUCAAUUCCGAUAACAAAACCACCAGUGAAGCCAUCUUUGUAUACGGCAAUACAUAUGGAGCUGCUGUGGAUAUACUCACCAACCCUUUUGCUUACGGAUUCGAAGUAACGGAUAGAGGAUGUUGUGGAGUAGGGAGAAACAGGGGAGAAAUAACGUGUUUGCCACUAGCGGUACCAUGUGCUUUCAGAGACCGGCACGUGUUUUGGGAUGCAUUUCAUCCAACACAAGCUUUUAAUCUCAUAAUUGCUCUCAGAGCUUUCAACGGUUCUAAGUCAGAUUGUUACCCUAUUAAUCUUUCUCAACUCUCUCGUCUCUAAACUCAUCACAGGAUAGAGCCUUCUUCUUUCUUAUGUAUCUGUUGCCACUUUCCAGUUUUGUAGUACCAUUGCGUACCUACUUGUUUUCUUCUCAUUAUUACCUUUUUGGGUGAUACAUAUAUAUCUGAGUCUGAUGUCAUGUCCCCAAUCCAUAUGGGCUUUGGCCUGUAUAUUUUU